AUGGGUUCCGCUGCUUCAAAGCCCGCCAAAUCAGCGGCUGGCGCAGCCUCACGGCGCCAAUACCCCAAGCAGCCGGCUCCCCCGCCAAGAGGACCGCGCAAAGCUCCAAAAGAAACCAAAGCAGCGUCUGCACCUACGCCUUCUUCCGCGCCCAAGCCCAACGCUGGUCCCUUGCCUCCUCAAACACCUGCACCUUCCUCUCAGGGCCCAAAAUACCACUCAAAGGAGAAAGCAUCCGACGUGAAGUCUGAUGGUACGUACACUCGCCAGCGAUCUCUUCAAGUCUUCUACAUGCAACAGAUGCAAGGCCAGCAAGGAAAACAAACUAAUGACCAUUUAGCCAUCGACAUGGACGGCCGAGAUCCCCACUUCGCUGCCUCCCUCCGGUCCAUAGGCCCCGUCGAUCCAUCACCUACGUACUCAAACUCAAGCACUUUCAACCGAGGCUCAAUGCAAACUGUCUUUCCACAAGCUUCCAACCCGGCACUACUGGUUGUCACUGCUCGACAACGUCUCACAGAGGCCGCGGAUAAAGAAGCCGAACACUUCGGUCAUGCGGGUCACCCGGGGAGAUCGUUCCUGGAUGCCGUGACUAUUCAACAGGUGUUGACGAUGCGGGAUAAGCAGGGCAAGCGCCGUGGAGAUAUUGAACGGUUCCUUGGGUUGAAGAAGGGGGUCUUGGAUCGGUUAGGGAAGGAUGGGGUUGUCUCGCGUAUUACAUGA